CCGUGAAAUCAGAAUCAAAGCACUUCUCAGCUUUGCAUCAAUAUAGUCCAUCCUGCAACCAUCUCCGAUCGUACGCAGCUCAAGAACAAGGACUAUUGUUUAUCAGUUUACUAUAGGCGCACUGAUCGAAUUUGGCUCCUUACUAUUCAGAUCCGUCAACUAUUUUCGUCUGCUUUCUGAAGAAAGUCGAUGUCAACCUCUCAGCUCAGGCUCAGCGAGACUGGGAUAUGGAGGCUGGAGGAGAGGAGUAGAUGGGUAGCUUUAGUCAGGCUCGGGAUGCAUUCUUCUCUUGAUCUCCUCGGCUAGCUCCUCUGAGCUGACGCGCUGGUAUACAGAGCUAGAGCUAGCAGGUGCUGCUAUACGGUAUAUUGACGAGCUGAUGAGAGUGAGAUGAGGAUUCGAUAUAGACCCUACUUCUUGAAAUAAGGACCUGAACUUACGGCUAACUUAUUGGAUACUCCUGGCAUACAUUCUUGUGGAAUCAUUUUGGAUAAGUUUUAUAUCUUUUGCAACAUAACUCCGAUGAACCAUCAGCAGUGAAGAUGAAAACAAUAAUAUUUCUUUCUCUGGUCGCGACGGCGACAGCCCUGUCGUGUGGCACCUGCGAACGGGAGAAGUGCCCGACUCUGUCCUGCCAAGGUGGUGUAGUGGAUGAUGUCUGUGUUUGCUGCAAGGAAUGUGCCAAACUGGAUGGACAAUCUUGUGGAGGACGGUUCAAUAAAUAUGGGCAGUGUGAUAAUGGAUUAGUAUGUGAACUCAUUGUAGCAGUUGGAGAUUCAUUGAGCUCUGAUGCUCAAGGAAUAUGUCGAGAUGUAGAGAAGAGAGACUCUGAUGCAAUCGGCUCAUUCGCUGAGUCCUCUCAAGACAGUCAGGACUCGAUUUACAUCCUGGAAUGUGAAAUCAAGUCCUUCUCAGGUUGCAACUUAGUCACUGAAAAGUGUGCCUGCAGUGAGGAUGUCCGAACCUGCAUCAAUCCCUUCCAGUUUGCCGGACUGGAUGAGUGUCGUCAAGUCGUGCGUGUCCAGAAUGGAUCCAUCACUCCUGCAGGUAAGAUUCAGGCAUUGCUCAAGAGUGCUUGAGUCAGUGUGAGUAGGUGUUUGGUUGUGAUUGGGGGGGGGGGGGGCAUGUAUGAAUCCCUACAAUGUGACUUUAAAGUGAUUGUCUACAGGUGAAUCAAUGUUGGAUGUUGUGCUGAUCAUCACCAGGGAAAAAAUACAUUGGGGCUCAGGGCGAACGAGCCCCAAAAAGUCAUAAAAGAGCCCCCAAAUUUUGCAUAGAGUUCAACGCAAAAAAAAUUAACAAGUCUUAUUUUCAUGCAAGCAAGCUUGAAAAGUAGCCCCCAAAAUUUUUCAAGUUAUUUUUUCCCUGAUGAUCACUGGUGGUUAGAACAUUCUGAGGGCCAAACAAGUGGAACAACACAAUGUAUGUGAAGUGCUUUGCUAUGA